AUGUCUUUGUUCAUGUACACAUUUUGUUUUCUCUUCAUCUUGUUUCCAGGUCAGGUCAACAGCAUCACGUUACAUCAAAGUCUUCCUCAGAUAGUGGAAGAGGGUGCUGAGGUCCACAUCGGCUGCAGCCAUAAUGACAGCGACCUCCCGAUAAUGCUGUGGUACCAGCAAAGAGAGGACAGUCAGUCUAUGACCCUCAUUGUGUUUGGAUAUGCAACAGAAGCCCCGAAUUACGAGGGAAAGUUCAAGGAGCAGUUUGAGCUGAGAAAAGAAAGCGCAGUGAAAGGAGAUCUGAUCAUUCGCAGAGCAAACCUGUCCCACUCGGCUGUGUAUCUGUGCGCUGCCAGGGCACACACAUCGGUGGAUAUCAUCAGCCCGACAUUGAGCGACAGGAGACCACAUAGCGCACUGGGUGACCAGGCAAAACCCAGGUGUCCCUCUGGCUACAAUGGAGGAGAGAACAUCUUCAUCCACGGUCAAGAACUGGUGACUCGCUUUCUUAAGACAGAGAAAAAGCAUCAGUCAGGCUGCAUGGAGCUCACCUCAGCCAUCAGUCGGCCCAACCCGCACAGCUGCUCUGACAGACAGAUGGAGAAAGAUGGAGCCAUUUUCCAAGAACCAGUUUUACCACUUUUUGUUAGAGGAUGCAAUCAAUGUGACACUGGGGCUGAAGCUUACUUUGGAAGUGGAACUAAACUGACUGUUCAAGAACCGAACCUUCCUCCCAAACAGCCAACAGUGAAAGUGCUGAAACCUUCAGUGAGUGAGUGUCGGAACAGGAAAGAUAAUAAGCAAUACAACAAGACCCUGGUGUGUGUGGCGUCUGAUUUCUACCCGGACCAUGUGAGUGUGUUCUGGCAGAUUGAUGGGGGAAAUGUCACACGUGGCGUGGCGACCGACAGCUCUGCCCGGCGGGAUGGUAAAUACUAUCGCAUCACCAGCAGGCUGAUGGUCCCGCUCACACAGUGGUAUACACCAGAGAAGAACUUCUCCUGCACCGUCAGCUUCUUCAAUGGGAACAAAACUACGUACAGUUCAAACUGGGUCAGAGGCAUUGAAGCACCAGGAAGAGAGAGAUAUUUGAGGAUCACGCACAACGCCAAACUGUCCUACGCUGUUUUGAUUGUGAAGAGCAGUUUCUUUGGAGUCUUUGUGGUGGUGCUGCUGCUCUGUAAGCUUAAGGGCUCAUCUGGAAAACAGAACGACUGAGAGCCAAGCUGAACGACAAGCUGAGUCUCCAGUUUUCUGUAAAUCAAUUUUAAAAGCGUGUAUGUUGAAGUGCAUUUGCUUUCAAUCAGCCAAUCACAUUCUGCACAAAUGAGAGCAACUUGCUUGACUUAAAACCCUGUGAAUCAUUUAAUAUCCAAUGUUGAUUGAUACUUAAUGAUGCCUUGUUUGUGUAAGAGCUUGCGAACUGCUUUAUGCUGAAUUUUCUUCUCAAUAAAGGAUUUC